AUGGAAGAUGAAGAUGCCAAUGACGAGCUUAACAGAAAGCUCUACAUCGCUAUGAUGAAUAGAGAUGAGGAAGCGGUGAUCAAAAUUUGUAAAAAUAUUCCAGAAGGACCAUUGCACAUAAUGACUAUACACGAUGACACAGUCCUCCAGAUGGCUACCUACGACAGACAAGCUGAUCUAGUACUCAAAUUACUCGAAGAUUUGCCAGAGGCUCAUCUCAGCAGACUCACUCAUCAAAAUGAUACAGGAAACACUAUACUCCAUGAAGCAGCCACUUCCGACAGCACCCUCCAAGCUGCAAAAGAAAUGAUGGCAAAGGCAUCGCAGUUGCUAAGUUUGACCAACAACCAUGGGGAAACACCUAUUUUUCGAGCAGCAAGGUAUGGGAAAACUAAGAUAUUCAACUUUCUGGCUGGUGAUGUUGACAAAAUCUGUGGCAACAAUCUAGAACGUUAUUUAGACUACUUUCAGAGGACAGAUAAAACCACUAUUCUUCACAUUUCCGUUCUUACUGAGAAUUUUGAAGUAGCUGAGUCGAUUGCAAGAAGAUACAAAUAUUUAAUUAAUCUGAAGGAUGGGGAUGGAAUGACUGCUCUUCAACUUCUGGCAUGCAAUCCAUCAGCAUUUAAAAGUGGAAGCGAACAUGGAUUUCUGAAGCGGCUUCUGUUGUCUUGUGUCUCAACCAAAGAAGAGAGCACCGUGGGAGGAGAAGAUCAAGUGCAACAAGCUGCUUGCAAACCAAUUUCAUUCAUAUCUGAUUUUGUUAAAUCAUGUUGGAGCUUGCCGGCUUUGGAAGCAGUUAGGAAGGAGAAAGCUAGAUAUGAAUCAGCUUUGAAGCUUGCUAAGUUGUUGAUACGAAGAGAUACUUCAUGGAAAGCUACUAAAGCACGACAAAACCGGAGUAAGCCUAAAACACAUAGAUAUAGUCCUUCAACUCCCUCAAUUGAUGAAAAGGGGAGAAGAAAUUCGUCAUUUUCAUUGCUUUCCCCGGGACAUGAAGAGAAAGAAGAAGGCCUCACAGGACGGUCCCAGGAAAGUAGCAAAUCUCCCUUCAAUGAAAGCGGGGGAGAAGGAGAAGUAGAUGGCUCUCCAGAAAACGACAUGACCCCCAUUAUGAGGACCGGUGAAAUUCCAUUGUUUUUGGCCACCAGGUCAGGCAUCCAAGAGAUUGUCAAAGAAAUAUUAGCUGUGCACCCGCAAGCAUUUGAGCACAUUAAUUGCAAAGGGAAGAAUAUAUUGCAUUUUGCAAUCAAGUACCGCCAAAUAGAGAUUUUCAACCUGGUGGUGAAUAAUGAAUUCAUAGCAAGGAAGCUUGUAAGAAAGCUAGAUAAUGAGGGGAAUUCCAUACUGCAUAUGGUUGGUAAAAAAAGAGCAGAUUAUGUUCCUGAAAAGAUACAGAGCCCUGCACUUCAAUUGCAAAAGGAGUUGAUAUUGUUUGAGAGGGUGAAGGAAGUCUCUGCAGCCUAUUUCACUAAGCACAUCAACGAACACAAGCACACUCCUGAGGAAUUAUUUGCUGAAACAUACACUGAACUUCAUAAAAGCGCCACGGAUUGGCUAAAGCGCACCUCUGAAAACUGCACAGUUGUUGCUGCUCUCAUUGCCACUGUUGCAUUUGCUGCAGCCUACACCAUACCAGGAGGGCCUAAUCAAAACACGGGUUUCCCACUCCUUCUCUACCAACCGUUCUUUGUGAUUUUCACCCUGUCUGAUGCAGUUUCACUUACUUUUGCUUUGACCUCCGUGGUUACAUUCCUUUCGAUUCUCACCUCCUCGUUCCGAUUACGAGACUUCAAGAACUCUCUUCCUCAAAAGCUGAUGCUGGGCUUCACAUUCUUAAUCCUCUCAGUGUCAAUGAUGAUGGUGGCAUUUGCUGCAACAAUAGUCCUUAUGAUACAUAAUAAGGAAAGGUGGACAAAAAUUGUGCUGUACUCAGUCGCAUUCCUCCCAGUUACAGUCUUUGCUAUCUCAUAUUCACCACUAUAUUUAUCACUCUUGGAAGCAUGCAAAUAUCCACUGAAGCUUAUAGUAAAGGCUUGCCCUAGGUGCAAUUAUGUUCGUCUCAAACCUUUGAUCACCAGUAUGUUCAAGCAUAAAGAUGCCCAAGCCAAUAGCUCCUCCACUAACCCCCAUAAAUCUCAGGUUUGA